UUCAUUGUACGGCAGCAGAGCACAUUAGCACACUGCGAUGAGAGCCGGGUCUGACAGGGUCGAACAUUUAAAAGCGGGUGAAGAAGUCACAUUUUGAGACUCACCUUCCGAGGGUGCCUGCUAAAUCAGGAAGAGAGAGAAAGGGAGGAAAGGGGGAAAGAAGAAUGCAUUCACCAAAAUCAUCUGUAUCUCACCACACAGAGGGAGGAUGCUUCAAAACUUCCCAAGUGCUCUCAUGGACCGUGGCUGGGGUCUCCAUCCUGUUUCUCAGCGCCUGUUUCAUCACCAGAUGUGCUGUGACAUAUCGCAGCUGUCAAAUUUAUGAGCAGAAAAAGUUACUGUCACAUGAAAGUGUCAAGGAGCUCUCGUGCUACAGUGUCGCAUCAGGUUCAGUCAAGAACUGCUGUCCUUUGAACUGGAAACAUUUUCAGUCAAGUUGUUACUUUUUCUCCACGACCACCCUGACCUGGCCAUCAAGUUUAAAGAAUUGCUCAGAAAUGGGGGCUCACCUGGUGGUCAUCAACACACCGGAAGAGCAGGAAUUCCUUUUUCAAACAAAACCCAAGAAGAAAGAGUUUUAUAUUGGACUGACCGACCAGGUGGUUGAGGGUCAAUGGCAAUGGGUGGAUAACACACCGUUCACAGAGUCCCUGAGCUUCUGGGACGCCGGGGAGCCCAACAAUAUAGUUUACGUGGAGGACUGUGUCACCAUAAGGGACUCUGGAAACCCCAGGAAGAACUGGAAUGACAUACCCUGUUUUUAUAGCAUGCCUUGGAUUUGUGAAAUGCCAGAAGUAAGUCCUUCGGACUAAAUGCAAGUGAACACAGGAGACAUGGUUCAAAUGCAUGGGGAGGAGCAAGAGGGUGACAACACCCAAAUUCCAACAUGAGAAAACAUCCGUUAUGGAUCGUAAGGACCGCAUACCCAUGUGUUACUCUGAUAUGAGUAAAAGUGAGUUGUCCCCAUUGUUAAAAUGUCUGGUACUGACCGAUGUUCUCACCAUCGACUGCAAGUCCUGUUUUCAGAACAUGCGGGGUAGUCCACUAAUAAAUGCAACAAGAGGAAAGAGACUUUGCUGCUGGCGUCUGUCUUGCUUAUGAGAACUGAAAGCACAGGUACAGAUCGCCUUCCAGUGAAGAAGAGGUCUACGGAAAGAGAUUUGGGACGGUCACCAGACGGUCCUCUUCUUUGUGCAUCCUAGGAUCUAGCUUAUCUCCUCACACUGUCAAUGCAUAGAUCACAUAUGUGCUCUCCAACAGCGAGGAAGAAGCAUCUCUGGGUUGUGAAAGUUACUGCUGCUGAGGAUAAUGGCAUGGCCGUCAGCGCAUCUCCAGAGGCAACGGCUAAACCAGCUCCAAACAAACAGUAGUCUAGUUCACUUUUCCCUGGACCCCCAUUUUCUCUACUCUCUUCUAGCAACUGGAUCUCGCCUGCAUUUGUAUCUACUGCUCAAGUAGAACCAGAGUUCGAAGUGAGAUUGUCCUUUAAACAUUCAGUUUCAAACUUUCCUGUCUUAAGACUUUCCGUUUAUUGCAUGAUAUUCUGUCAAUACAGACCAUGUUUCUUCCAGAAAGAAUCAUAAAUACACCUUCAGCAGCAUUCA